AGCGGCGUCGCUAGCGCCGGCCCGUCCGCCAUGGCCGCCGCCGCCGGCCAGCCGCCGCCCGCCGACUAGCGGGCAGAUGUGCAGCCUGGCUGCGCUGGCGCGCGGCUGCCGGCCCGCCGCCAAGCCGUGCUGCCUCUGCUGGUGCUGCUGCUGCUCUUGCUCCUGCCUGGCGGCGCGCGGUUCGGACGGUGAGCCCGGCAAAAAGCCGCGCGGCGCCGGCGCCGGCCCGCACGACCUCUGCGACGGAGAUGCGCCGCCAUCGCUGGAGGAGAUCCGCAGCUGGGGGCAGUCGUUCGACAGGCUCAUGCGCAACGCAGCCGGGAGGAAGGUAUUCCGCGACUUCCUGCGCGGGGAGUACUCCGAAGAGAACAUUAUGUUCUGGCUGGCGUGUGAGGAGCUGAAGCGCGAGACCGACCCCGAUGCCGUCGAGGAAAAGGCGCGCUUUAUCUAUGAGGACUACAUCUCCAUACUCUCGCCCAAAGAGGUGUCCCUGGACUCACGCGUACGUGAAGUGGUGAACCGCAACAUGGUGGAGCCGACGCCCCACACCUUCGACGAGGCGCAGUUGCAGAUCUACACGUUGAUGCACCGCGACUCGUAUCCGCGCUUCGUCAACUCGCCGCUGUACAAGACGCUGGCGCGCCUCACCAACGGCUCGCCGAGUGGCGUGCCCGCGCCGGCCCCGGCUGCGCCGUCCGCCCAGAACGCGCAGUCUCCGCCCACCACCGCUGCCACCCCUACUCCCAUCAGCGCCAGUGCGGAUAAGGCCGCAGAACCCAACUGAGAGCCGGCACGAGUCUGCACCUUCGUCAGUGACCCCAGUGUUCCGCAUCGAGCGGUGCCGAGUGAGCGCCAAAUGGACGCGACAUUUGAAUAUUAACAAUAGAACCGACGGUGAGCCGACGCGGCGAGGGGUGCGGCCGGGGGGCCUUCGCCGCCCGCGGCCCUACCGCGCCCCCCGCCGCUCGCCGCCCGGCACUUACUUUCGUGUACAUAGGUGUAUGUUAAUUAAACGGGUACUAAUUCUGUACAUAGUUAGGCUAAGCGUAAGCGUAGAGCGGUGCGGCGGCUCCAUUGGUCCACUUCCGCUGGGCCGGGCCCACCGGCGGCGGCGGCGGCGACCGCACCCGUCAGCCGCCGACGCCCGCCCGACGACACCUCUAGUCAUAGUCAUAAGUCGCGGUCUCAAACGAGUGUCCAGUGAACCCGAACCAUUGCUGAGCAUCGGUUUGAAACACCCCCAUCGCACAUCGGUUUAGUGUUUUGUUGGUUGCGGACUAUCUAUCACUUGAGUUGUUCAUGUUAAUCUAGUCCCCGCGUCGCGCGGGACGAGCGCACUCGUACUUGCGUGGUGGUGGUCACUUUGCACUUUCUGGGAAAUACCUCGAGAGUGAACCUAAAGUUCUCAAACUAUUCCAAAAAGAAUAAGAAGCGAUUCAAGCGCAUGCACAUAUUACGAUGUAGUAAGUAUUGGGUACAAUAAAAUGUACACUACUUCUGUGGACACCGGCGCUGCGCUGUGAGGGCGCGGCGCGGUCGGCGCUCGCCCCUUUUAUGCUGACCGCACUCGCUUCCGAGCACCAGCGCUUUCUUAUUGCAUACUUACAUCUUAACACUAGCCGUAAUAAUAAGUAGAAAUUGACAAAGCCACCUGUGCGGUCGCCGUUCCGCGUGCCCGCGACCCCUGCACAAAGUCUAGUCUUACUGCGUAUCUGUCUGUAGUUAGAAGCAAUACGGUGGACCAAUUAAGUUUGCCAGGAGUCAACGAAUAAAUUUGUUCAUGUA